UAUUAGAUGGAUUUGUGAUCUAAAAGACCUUCAAUGGCUUGUUUGUGCCUGUGCCUGUUAACCCUGGUCGAGAGAUGAAUUAGUAGGCAUAAAUGUGAACUUUUCGACAAAAACCCAUGUUUUGACAACUAAACGAAACUCCACCCCAACGGCACUGCUUCCCCUCCCCCUCCAACUGGCAGCAGCCCCUUGAACUCGCGCGGUGGUCAAGUUCACUCUUUCAACCAAAUCACUUCAGAGAGUGUCCCACCUGCAGACUGGUGUUCUGAGGGAAAAUGCUUCUGAAGGUAAAAUACAAGGGAGAGCAAAAAUUUGUCAAGAUUGAUGAUGUGAAGUUGCCGGAGCUGUUCGAUUCAGCUUUCAGGAAAUUUGGAAUUGCCAUUGGCCGUUUAAAUGAGGCUAAACUGUUCGACAGCACCCGGACAGAAAUCGACGAAGAUGUAUUCGAAGAAGUAGUGACCUCUAACCACCAGCAUGUGUAUGAACUGUGCCUCGACGGUACACCAGGGGAUUUUGAUGCUGAGAUGUCAGCGAGUCGGGAAAGUUCCAUUCUGGAACCUGAGCCUGACACCAUUAUCCUGAACGUUGAGAGCCCGGUGCAGUUCACCGCAACAACUGACAAUACAGCCCAAUCUCUUAUAGAGGACAUCCUCAAAAAUAAACCUGGUGGGGAUCAAAUUCUGAGGGAGUACAGGAGGACCAACAAACUGACUGAUUCUGCGAGGCGAAAGUUGGUCAACAUGGUUGUUGCCAACAUGACUGAAAUUCAUGGUACAUCACCAUCAAGGAGUGUGAGGGAGCGGCACGCUAAGGGGAUAGUACAACUCUUCCCACAACUGAAAGACCCCUUUUCCGAGAAGGGUUAUGAACAUUUCUACGACUCUGACAGCGGAACAGGAUUCAUUGCCUGGCGUCUCAAAACACUUCAGAAGAGAGCCGCCGAGGACCAACAACCUCCAGCACAGAACAAAAGAUGGAGGGGAGGGCCAUCGUCUGAACGCAACGUGACCGAGCCAGAGUUACUAAGUGAAGAACAACUGAAAGAAGCUCUAAGUCUCAUGAGGCAUGCAGCUGAUGAUGAAGUGGUGCGACUGAAAAUGAAGCAAACGUUCCAUCAUCGCCAGAGAAUGGUCCAUGAUCACCUGAUGUCACCUGAUGUGCUGUCCACCUUUUCUCGUUUUGCAGAUGUAAAGGGUCUGAUCGAGCAAGACUUUUGUCUUCUCUUUGGAGAAGAGACGUCAGCAAAACUACUGGAAAGGUGGCCAACGAUGUUCAAGGCCAAGACGAUCGAACAGAGUAAAACCCUGUCACACAUCAGCCCUGAACUGCAAGAACUUAUUCAAGCAGCAGAGUCACCUCAAUCAAGAAGCAGUGACUCAGAGGAUUGGGACAGUGACCUAUCCUCGCUGGUGUUGUUGCUCUUCUUACUGCCUCCUACUUCCCAAGGACGGCAAAAACCAGGGCGACUCUCGGCUACACAAGCCGCUGAACGACUUGUGGUGUUCCUAAAGACCGGAGACAGUGUCCAGGGACAUUUGGAUGCCAUCACCCAGACCCGUCAACCUUACCUCCUCGCGGUUGGAAUGUCCAGGGCCAACAUUCACAGGUUCUUCAUCGUCAUCGACAAGAUUGCCAUCCCAUGCAGUGCCACAACAUCACUUGGGGCCUUUGAUGAGCUAUUCAAAGCGCACUUUGUCUUUGGAACCGAAUUUAGCGAUUGGCUCGGUAACAUGUACACCUUCAUUCAGACCACCAUAUUUAACAUAGACGUCGGACUAGUCAAAGAAAACCCUCGCGUCAUUGAGCUGCGGUCGAGAUUCCUGCAGUAGUCCCAGUAGAGUUUUAGAUAUGAUUUGUUUCAUUUGCAAAAGCCGUCAUUCUGACGCAAAUGCUUUGGUGAGGCAUUUAAAGUUGAUGCAUGGAUUAUGCCCUGGAAGGACUUUGAGAUUGAAAUGUGGUAUGUGCUCACAUGUUUCUGGAACUUUCUCCGGAUUUCGUAAACAUAUUAAAAAGAUGCAUGAGCAAAGA